AUGGAUUUUGACCUUGUCGUCCGCAAUGGUACUGUCGUGACUGCCUCGGACAUCUGGGAGUCUUGUGAUAUUGGAAUCAAAGAUGGGACAAUUAUUGCUGUCGGUCCUCGUCUUCCAGCCACAGCUGGCGCGCAAGAGAUCGACGCUGAAGGAGCUUUUAUAACUCCCGGUGGAGUUGACUCUCAUGUUCAUCUGAAUCGCGAAAACUAUGUCGCUGACACGUACGACACGGGCACGCGCAGUGCAGUUGCUGGAGGAACGACAACAGUAAUUACGUUCGCUUCUCAAAUGAAGAAGGACGCAAGUAUUAUACCUGUUAUUGAGAACUACCACAAGCUUGCCAAGGACCAGUCCUACUGUGACUACGCUUUCCACGUUAUCAUCACCAAUCCGACGCCCCAAAUCGUCGAAGAUGAAUUCCCGCGGAUGGUCGACGAGUACGGAAUUACGAGUGUGAAGUUGUAUAUGACAUAUAAGCCCAUGAAGCUUCUCGAUUAUCAGAUUCUUGAUGUCAUGUAUUCCGCUCGGAAACUUGGUAUCACCACGAUGGUGCACGCCGAGAAUGCCGAUAUCAUCGACUGGAUGACGCAGCAUCUAGAACAGAAGCUCAUGACGCAACCUUACCACCAUGGCACAUCUCGACCUCCGAUUGUGGAAGCUGAGGCUACGAACCGCGUCAUUUGUUUGGCUGAACUCAUGGAUACGCCGAUCCUGCUCGUGCACAUACCCGGUGGGCCUGCCACGAAGCACAUCCGCGACGCACAAACGAGGCUGCUUCCGAUUUACGGUGAAACGUGUCCCCAGUACAUGUUCCUUCUCGCUGAUUCGAUGCGAAAGGGGGACUUCGAAGGUGAUGACUCCUCUGCUAUGUUCUGCCAACCUUUGUCUUACUUGCGUUAUGCAGGCGCGAAGUGCGUAUGCUCACCUCCGAUCCGGGAGGACAAGUCCGACCAAGACGCCAUAUGGGCUGGGAUUAAGAACGGAACAUUCAAUGUCGUUUCUUCAGACCACGCUCCAUGCAAGUACAACCAUCCAAACGGAAAGCAGCGCGGGCUCCAACACGGAAACCUUCCAUACGGCAAAUUCCGUUUCAUACCGAACGGCCUACCUGGUGUAGAAACCCGUGUUCCGCUUCUCUUCUCCGGCGGCGUCCUCUCAGGGCGCAUCUCCCCACAGAAGUUCGUCGAGGUCACGUCCACAAACCCAGCUAAGCUAUACGGAUUGAAGAAAAAGGGCAGCAUUGCCCCUGGCUUCGAUGCUGAUCUGGUUAUCUGGUACCCGCAAACGAAGUUCCAGCCAUUCAAGCUCACGAACGAGAUGCUGCACCACGCUAUCGACUAUACGCCGUUUGAGGGUAUUGAGUUCAAGAACUGGCCGAGGUACACAAUCAUCAGGGGUAAGGUGGUGUUUAGCCAUGGGGAGGUAACUGGGGAAAUGGGGUAUGGUCAGUUCAUCCAGAGAGAGAAGAGUUUACUUCCAGGGCCAAGAGAUGUUUGGUUGAACGAAUGGCGUCCCUAG